AUGGAGGCAUACAUUGAUGAUAUGCUUGUGAAAAGCCUGAAAGCAGAGGAUCAUUGCAAAGAUCUAAAGCAGGCAUUCGAACUACUGCACAAGUAUCGAAUGAAAUUAAAUCCUUCUAAAUGCAUAUUUGGCGUCUCUGCAAGGAAGUUUCUAGGCUUCAUGGUGACGCAUAGAGGAAUAGAAGCAAACCCUAACAAGAUAUGGGCAUUGCUGGAAAUGAAGGCUCCUCGAACUAAGAAGGAGAUUCAAGGAUUAGAAGAUGAAGAAAUACCUGGAGAGAGCACAAAGUACAUCAAAACAUUUGCUCAGUUUGACAUAGAGCACAUACCACGAGCAGAGAAAUCAAAGGCUGAUUCGUUGGCAAGAUUGACUUCAGCCUUAAAGCCAGAUUGGGAAAACGUUGUCUACCUAGAAAGAAUUGGGAAGCCUUUUCACAAGGAGAUCGAUGUCAAUAUGGCGGCGAUUGAAGAUAACAAGGAAGACUAG